CGAAAAAUAUUUUCAAAACUUUGGUUCAUUUGCAUAAACAAAAGAUAAUUAAUUUACUAAUAAAAACUUGAGGAAAAAUUUUGAUCUGACGAAGUUCGUUUCAGUUUUCCACGCUGAAACACAAAGCUGUGCUUUGAAAGCUCAUACAAUGCAAGAAAUGUCCCCCUUGAAAUUAAUCACAAGCAUUUAAUUGAGAAAUUAGCCAAGUAAUUAUAAACUCUGCUCAAAGUACUAUAAAAAUGAUUUCAACAAGAAGCAACUACAUCAUUUAUUGUGCAAUAUCCAACUUAUCUGGAUUCAUCUUAAGCAUUUAAAAGUGAAAAGUUCCCAACUAAAUAAAAUGAAGUUUCUGAUACUUUGUGCACUUGUUGGAAUAGCGGCCGGUGCCCCUGUUGUUCUGGAGCAACACGUGGCUCCAACAGCAGCAGCAUUUGCAGCUCCACAGACAAUCCUCAAGUAUGCUCCAGCACCCAUGGCAAUGUCACCCCUUCUGCAAUACUACCAUCAACCGGCUCCAAUUGUGAAGUAUGCGGCUCCUGCUGCCACAAGCUACGCCACAGUCAGCCAGGUUCAUGUAAUGCAUCCACCAUCUGUAGGCUAUCAUCCCUAUAGCAGUCAUCUAGCAGCCCCUGCCCUGCCCUACUCCAACUACUUGCCAGCCGCGGCUCCAGCUGUGGUCAAAGUUGCUCCCCACUUUGCCCCCUGGUAACAGACAAGCAGCCAUCGAUGACGUUGAGGAAUAUCUGUCUAUUCCCAUGACAACCUGACCAGUGUUGAUUUCCGCUACCAACAUACCUCUGCAGAGAACCCAAAGCGCACAAUAAAGACACAUUUGUCGUACCCCAAACACCAGAGUC